CGAGGACCCGGAACCCGACGAGCUCGUUCCCCAGCCGUGGGGUCGGCUCUUCGCGCUCGGAAAAGGUUUCAGCAAUUGGGGAAAUGGGACCAAAAAAUUCGUACGUUGCCUACAUUGAAGACCACAGCGCGAAUGGAACUUUCAUGAAUAGAGAGCUCAUUGGGAAAGGGAAGAGGCUUCCGCUGACUCAUAACUCUGAAAUCGCACUGUCCUUUCAGACUAACAAGGUGUUUGUCUUUUCUGAUCUCACGGUGGAUGACCAGUUGGUGUUUCCUAGAGAAUUCCGAGAGAAGUAUAUCAUGUCUAAGACUUUGGGAAGUGGUGCCUGCGGAGAAGUCAAGCUGGCAUUUGAGAAGAGCACUUGUAAUAAAGUUGCAGUAAAGAUAAUCAACAAGUGGAAGUUUAUGGCCAGUGGUGUUAGAGAGGCAAACCCAGCUUUUAAUAUCAACACAGAAAUAGAGAUUUUGAAGAAAAUAGAUCAUCCUUGCUUAAUCAAGAUCAAAAACUUCUUUGAAGCAGAGGAUUACUACAUUGUUUUGGAACUGAUGGAAGGAGGAGAAUUGUAUGACAGAGUGUCAAGGCCAGUCAAGAUGAAAGAAGCUACCUGCAAGUUGUACUUCUAUCAGAUGCUGCUGGCUGUGAAGUAUCUUCAUGACAAUGGAAUCAUACACCGGGAUCUGAAGCCAGAGAAUGUGCUGCUUUCAUCUUCUGAAGAGACGUGUCUGAUAAAGAUUACAGAUUUUGGACAAUCCAAGAUUCUUGGAGAAACUUCUCUUAUGAAAACAUUAUGUGGUACUCCCACGUAUCUUGCUCCUGAGGUUCUAAAUUCACUUGGGACUGCUGGAUACAGCCGAGCUGUGGACUGCUGGAGUUUAGGAGUUAUUCUUUUUGUAUGCUUGUGUGGAUAUCCGCCAUUUAGUGAGCAAAAUACUCAACUAUCUCUGAAAGAUCAAAUCACUCGUGGAGAAUACACAUUCAUUUCGAAAGAAUGGAAGCACGUAUCCAACAUGGCUCUGGAUCUUGUGAAGAAGCUGUUGGUAGUGGAUCCCAGCAAACGUUUUACGAUAGAGGAAGCCUUAGAGCAUCCCUGGCUUCAGGAUGAGGAUAUGAAAAAUACAUUUCAACAACUACUUGCUCAGACAAGUGCCACUAUGAAUCCACCACAAACAUCAAAAAUGCCAAUUGCUAUGAGAAAACGUCUCCAUGAGAAUGAGGAUGAAUCUGUCUCUUCAAAGCACGCUGUUCCUUCUACAUCAUUUCAAAAAAUGAGGUGAAAAAAGGGACUUUUUUGUUAAUUAUUGCUUUAUUUUAUGGAGAGCAGAAUUUUUAUUUUUAAAAAUGUUAUUGUUGGAAUAACUAUUGAAGAUGCAAUUGAUAAAUAAAAAUAACUUUAUAAGAGUGAA